ACAGCUGUGUUGGGCUCACACCAGUGAACCAAAGCUCUGGAUUCUGAGAGUCUGAGGAUUCCGUGAAGAUCUUAGACUUGGGCUCAGAGCAAGGAUGCGCGAAAUCGUCCAUAUUCAGAUUGGCCAGUGUGGCAACCAGAUCGGAGCCAAGUUCUGGGAGAUGAUUGGUGAGGAACACGGGAUCGACUUGGCUGGCAGCGACUGCGGGGCCUCGGCCUUGCAGCUGGAGAGAAUCAGCGUGUACUACAACGAAGCCUACGGUAGGAAAUAUGUGCCCCGAGCAGUCUUGGUGGACCUAGAACCUGGGACGAUGGACAGCAUUCGAUCUAGCAAAUUAGGAGCCCUCUUUCAACCCGACAGUUUUGUCCAUGGUAAUUCUGGGGCUGGCAACAACUGGGCCAAAGGCCAUUACACGGAGGGAGCCGAGCUGAUCGAGAACGUCCUGGAGGUGGUGAGGCACGAGAGUGAGAGCUGUGACUGCCUGCAGGGCUUCCAGAUCGUCCACUCCCUGGGCGGGGGCACAGGCUCCGGGAUGGGCACUCUGCUCAUGAACAAGAUUAGAGAGGAGUACCCGGACCGGAUCAUGAAUUCCUUCAGCGUCAUGCCUUCUCCCAAGGUGUCGGACACGGUGGUGGAGCCCUACAACGCGGUUCUGUCCAUCCACCAGCUGAUUGAGAAUGCAGAUGCCUGUUUCUGCAUUGACAAUGAAGCCCUCUAUGACAUCUGCUUCCGUACCCUGAAGCUGACGACACCCACCUACGGGGAUCUCAACCACCUGGUGUCCUUGACCAUGAGUGGCAUAACCACCUCCCUCCGGUUCCCGGGUCAGCUCAACGCAGACCUGCGCAAGCUGGCGGUGAACAUGGUCCCCUUCCCCCGCCUGCACUUCUUUAUGCCCGGCUUUGCCCCACUCACGGCCCAGGGCAGCCAGCAGUACCGAGCCCUCUCCGUGGCUGAGCUCACCCAGCAGAUGUUCGACGCCCGCAAUACCAUGGCUGCCUGUGACCCCCGCCGUGGCCGCUACCUCACAGUGGCCUGCAUUUUCCGGGGCAAGAUGUCCACCAAGGAAGUGGACCAGCAACUGCUCUCCGUGCAGACCAGGAACAGCAGCUGCUUUGUGGAGUGGAUUCCCAACAACGUCAAGGUGGCUGUCUGCGACAUCCCGCCCCAGGGGCUGAGCAUGGCCGCCACCUUCAUUGGCAACAACACGGCCAUCCAAGAGAUCUUUAAUAGGGUCUCUGAGCAUUUCUCAGCCAUGUUCAAAAGGAAAGCAUUUGUGCACUGGUACACCAGCGAAGGGAUGGACACAGAAGAAUUUGGGGAAGCUGAAAGUAACAUCCAUGAUUUGGUAUCCGAGUACCAACAAUUUCAAGAUGCCAAAGCAGUUCUAGAGGAAGAUGAAGAGGUCAUCGAGGAGGCAGAAAUGGAGCCAGAAGAUAAGGGACAUUAACCGUGAGAGAAGCUGUGCUGUGGAGUCGCUUACAGAACAGUUUCUCAU